AUGCGUGUUCGCCCUUCGAGCAAUCUGUGCGACCCUACGGUGAAGCAGUACUCUGGAUACCUCGAUGUUUCAGAGGACAAGCACCUCUUCUUUUGGUUCUUUGAAAGUCGAAAGAAUCCCGAAAAGGCACCUCUUGCUGCGUGGAUGAAUGGAGGGCCAGGGGGCUCAUCGGCGCUAGGUUUGCUCAUGGAAAAUGGCCCUUGCAAUGUGGUUUUCGGAAACUCUACCGAACGAAACCAGUAUGGGUGGAAUGAAGUGGCAAAUAUGUUCUUCUUGGACCAACCGGCGGGUGUAGGUUAUUCGUACUCGACCUCGGAUCACGUCGUCGAUACUACGUGGGAGGCCGCAAGAGAUUUCUACGCCUUUGUGCAGCUCUUCUUGGGGUGUUUUCCGGAAUACUCGGGCAGACCUUUCCACGUAUUGGCUGAGAGCUACGGCGGGCAGUAUGCGCCCAACUUUGCCAACUACAUCAAUCGUCAAAACAAGGCCAACCGAUUACUAUCGAAUCCAAAACAUCAGCACGUAUCCUUGGAGUCGGUACUAAUCGUCAAUGGACUGGUGUCACCAGCCGUUCAAGCAGCGACCUCUCCGGAAUAUGCUUGUUCAGGGCCAUAUGCGUUCUGGGAUAAUAAUGGCCCACAUUGCAAGCUGCUACGCUCUCGUGUUCCUCGACUUCAUGAACUGUUUCAACAGUGUGAGACUUUUCGCACAGAGCUAACUUGUGUUCCGGCCGCGAUUUAUGCCUUCAGCGCUAUGGACGAGGGCUUUGAGAAAGCCGGUAUUAAUAGGUAUGACGUCCGAAAGCCAUGCAAUCAGCCGGUCGAAUGCUACGAUCAAAUGAGAUACGCACAAAGCUACUUGAAUAGCUCGGACGUAAAGCUAGCUCUGGGUGUACCUCCUGAUUUUAACUACAACUGGUUAAACAUAACUAUCAACUCGGCCUUUUUCCGUGCUGCAGAUGUCGCCCACGAUGCUUCCUUGAUGGUAAAAGAACUGCUGGACGAUGGAGUCAGGGUGCUCAACUUGGCUGGUGACGCCGACUUUGCCUGCAAUUACAUGGGCGCAUUCGAGUGGAUGUACAAAUUGGACUCAAAGUAUGCGAAAGAAUUCCGGCCAUUGAACAACACCGUCUGGACACUGAACGGCAAGGCAGUCGGUGAAGUCAGGGCGAGUGCAGACGAAAGCGGAAAGACAGCAGGUAACUUCACCUGGCUUCGCAUAUACGAAGCUGGGCAUAUGGUUCCCCACGACCAACCGGAAGUAUCACUGGAAUUCUUUAGAAGAUGGAUUGAGAAUAAGCCUCUGGCUGGAUGA